AUGUACGUGCUUGUGGUCGCUCUUGCAGGCGUUGCUUUCGCUCAAAGUACCACAUCCACAACAGCAACUCCAACCUUUUCCACGACUCUGAACCUCAAUGUCGAUGAUGUCUGGAACCUCCUGAUUGGCCCUGUGUCAUCUGCAGCCACUACUACGACAGUCUCGGCGACGGCUGUUCCAUCUAGCUCCCUCGUACCUCCGCCGCCACUCUACUACUCCUCUUUUCCUACUGGACAACAGGUCUUUGGUCAACAGAAGAACGAAUCGUGGUCCUUCCCCAAGGACUUCUGGUGGGGAGUCGCCGGAGCAUCCUACCAAAUCGAAGGUGCCGUCAAAGCCGAUGGACGAGGACCGUCGAUAUGGGAUGCCUUGUCUCACAACGCCAAGGGAUAUGUUGCCAAUAACGACACCGCAGACAUUGCCGACAACAACUACUACUUGWACAAACAGGACAUCGCUAGAAUUGCCGCGAUGGGUGUCAGAACCUACUCCUUUACGCUCUCAUGGUCUAGAAUAUUGCCUUUUGGACGAGGUGCUGUCAAUCAGGAAGCGCUUGCACACUACAGUGAUGUGAUUGAUACUUGCCUGGAAUACGGAGUCACUCCUCAGAUUACUCUAUACCAUUGGGAUCUGCCAUUACUCCUUCAGGAUACCUACGGCGGGUGGCUGAGCGAGGACAUCGUAACCGACUUUGUGGAGUAUGCCCGCAUCGCCUAUGCUGCUUUCGGAGACCGUGUCACACAUUGGUUCACUGUGAACGAGCCUAUAGUCUUUUGUAGCUUCUAUCCUCUACCAGCCGAAAACUUCAAGAAUGUGACGAUCCCGGACAUCCAGCAAAAGUUUCACUGCGGGCAUAAUGUCCUUUUGGCACAUUCGCAGGCAUACCGGCUCGGGAAAUCGAUGAUGCCAGAUUCUCUCAUCACUCUCAAGCACAAUGGUGGCUACAAGGUCCCAUUGACCAAUUCGACUGCGGAUGCUGAAGCAGUWCAGCGAGCGUGGGACUUCAACGAGGGCUGGUUUUCUGAUCCGACCUUUUUGACCGGAGACUAUCCCGCUUCACUCAAGGAGUAUGUUUCGGACUUCUUGCCGGACUUUACGGAAGAACAGAAGCAAGCCCUCAAUGGGUCUGCUGAUUUCUACGCUCACGAUGCGUACACUGCUCAGUUCUACUUUGCCCCUGAUGACGGCAUCGAGGCGUGCGUGGGCAACGCCUCGAACCCACUCUAUCCAACAUGUGCGAACACCAGCUAUACUUACUCGGCCGAGGAUGGCGGCUGGGUAAUUGGACCUGCUGCAGAUGCCCGCGCGCCGUGGUUGCAUAAAGCUACUGAUUGGGUCCCUGCGUUCCUCCAUUACAUCCAAGAUACCUGGAAGCCUGCGGGUGGUAUAGCGGUCACCGAGUUCGGGUUCGCUGAACCUGGCGAGUCCAGGAAGACCCUACUCCAGGACAUUCUGUAUGAUCCGGUGCGUGUCAGCUAUUACCACGACUACAUGAGAGGGAUUCUUGCAGCCAUGAGCGAGGGCGUCAACGUCGUAGGGUGUCUCGCGUGGUCCCUCUAUGACAAUUUCGAAUGGGCCCAAGGCUUCGCCGCCACCUUCGGAAUACAAUAUGUGAACUUUUCGGAUCCUGCGUUGCCUAGGUACUACAAGGCGAGCUUCUUCGAAUAUGUAAGCGCCUUUGAAAUUUACCAGGAAAAGUAG